UAACUUGAAAUGUGAAAAUACUCUUUUUUUCCUAUUAAGUGUGACAAAUCAAAAUGAGACUUUUUGAUGGUUUGAAUUUAACAUCAUAUGCUGAACAGACAUUAAGCUGCUUCUGAAGACCAGCUGAACUUGGACUAAAAACCACCAGGUCAUCAGCAUACAUUAAAUGAUUAAUAAUUGUAUCUCCAAUCUUACAAUCAGUUCUACACAGGUUUAACCGGUUAGAGAGGUCAUUCAUUUAAAAUUAAACAUGCUUCCUUGACUCCAUUGCUGACAUGAAAGGAUGCAGACAUACAGUUGUCCCAUUUGACCUGCAUAGUUUGAUUAGCAUACCAAUAGGACAGACAUCUUACUGUAUAUUUGGGCACACUAGCAUGGCACAAUUUAAAAAAUAGUUUAAUCAAAAGCCUUAGUGGAGUCUAACAACAGAGAACCUUGUCAACCUGGAGAAAUAGUUUUAUGUAAUUUUCUAAAUGUCAUAAUGUGGAUCUUGACAUUUGGAUACUUGGGCCUUUUCCUUGAAAGAUACCUUCAUUUUUAUAUACUGAGCAGCACAAAGUGCAUAAUUAAAAACUGGAAAUCUGUGGAGCCUCCAAUCCACAAACAUUGAUUUAUUUGUUGUCAUUUUGCAUCCCUGAAAACUCCUACAUUCAAUACAGGCAACAUUUAGAGAGUUUGACUGGACAUGAACUCCCUUCCAGAACAUUAUAAUAACAUACAGAGGGACUGAUUUGCAUUUUUCUUUACUAAAGAGUAGGGAUGUGCAAUAUGGCAUAAAAUUUAUGUCACAAUAUAUAUUCUGAUGUUUGGCAGUAACGAUAUAUAUCAGGAUAUAAUCUGUAGAAAACGUACAAUAGAAACCAAAAUAAGAAAAAUCAUAUACUAAUUGAGUGGAGUGUAAACAUUUAUAAAAUCUCUUUUGACACGUUUUUGUGUGCACACUUCGUUUUAAGGUGGUGAAACAAAAUGCUUGUAUUUCCUCUCUUCCACACAUUUUGCAGGUUUUUCUACUUCUGCUCUGAGCUUUAAUCCUCCAACGGUCAUUUAAACAACACAAAUUUGUUACUCUGUGUGCAGUCUGUCUGGUUUUGGAAAGACCGGUCUUGUGUGAAAUUCUGUUCCCCUGUGAAACUCUCUUUCCUCUGUAUCGGCAGCGCACACUGCAGACUGAGAGGCGGAUCCGACCAUUUUCACUGCACUUCUGAUUGAUUUGUGAAAUAAAUAAACGAGGUCUUGUGUGGAGGUUUUCUCACACCUUUUGGUGUCAGUCACCAAACACUGCUUCCAACACAUUCUCUGUAUUUAUAAUUUUUCAUUGCCAUAUAAGAGGAGUGAAGCUAGCUGGGGACCAAUUAUUUUUGCUUCCCUAUAUAAUUUUCCCCCCUUUAUAACAUGGGAACUAAUUAAUUUACCAGCAAGUCUUUAACUGUGUUUUUUCUUCUCAUCAUCAACAGCAAAUCCUGUGAAUUUGGUAACAUUCACUAUUUAUUUGCCAAAGUUACCAAAUGUUUUAGACGCCUGAAAUAACCUUUCCUCCAUCCAAACAGCGUUGAGCAGGGAAACAGAUUAUUUCAUGCAGCUAAAAUAUUUAGUUCUCCUUUCGUAAUUUUGGCAAAUAAUGUCACCAAUGGUUGUUAUGCAAUUAGAAAUUUCUUUUAUCCAGUAAUCUGUUAUAUUUUAGAUUAGAAAAGGAUUUUCCAGAAACCCAACUCUGAUCUUUUCAGGAAGUCGACUUUUUUGUCCCCUACCAUCAUCCAGUUUCAAUCUUCUUUUAUUGGCAAUAAAAACUUCUAAAUACACAGAAUGUGUUGGAAACUGUGCUUGGUUACUGACUUUUAUUUGUCAGGAUUAAGUGACAAAAGUUGGAAAAAGACUAACUCUCUAACCGAUGGGUUGUCCACCAUCAGUCUCAGUUUUAGAGUCCUUGAAGAAAAUAGAUAUUUUACCUUAUUUGCUCGUAAUAUCCAGAAGGGGGCGGUAAUGCAACAAUGUGAAUGACGACAGUCAUAAAAUCCCAAAGAAGAAGAAUAGGAGGCAGAAAAACAAGAUGGCGCAUGAUUUGUUUUGUUGAACUUUCGAGAGUUUGUCUAAACGAGUUUAUCAACGAUCAGUUAACUGCUGCUGAAGAAACAUUCACAGAGUUUAAAGAAAUCUUCGUCAAGUCGGAGGAAGAGAUGGAUGAUCAUCGCAGACUGCUGGAUUUCUCCCGGAGGCCCCGGAUAAUUUUAUACCGAAUAGAUUGCCUGCAACAUGACGUUUAUGAGGAGCAAAUAUGUAAGCAGGAGAGGAGCUUCACUCUGGACAAGAACCAGUUAGAACCUCUGCAGGUGAAACAAGAACAGGAAUGGACUGAAAAUCAGCAGAUAAAAGAAGAGCAGGAAGAUCUAGAACUUCAGCAAAUAAAAGUGGAAGAGAAAGAAGUUUACUGCAGUCAGGGUGAAGAACAGCUUGAUCUAAAACAAGAGACUGAUUCCUGCAUGAUGGUUCCUGUUUAUGAGCAAACAGACCACACUGAAUCAGAACCAAACAAGAACCAAGAAAUCUUCCAGGAAGCUGCUGAAGCCGAGAACCAAAAGAGGGAAAGAAGAAAACCUUUCUCAUGUGUCAUCUGUAAAAAGCGUUUUGCUUUCAAAUCUGUUCUUGUUGCUCAUAUGAGAACUCACACUGGUGAAAAGCCGUUUUCAUGUGUGAACUGUGGAAAAAGUUUUAGUCUAAAACAGAAUUUAACUCGGCACAUGAUGAUUCACACUGGUGAAAAGCCGUUUUCAUGUGUGAACUGUGGAAAAAGUUUUAGACGAAAAAACCAAUUAACUCAGCACAUGAUGAUUCACACUGGUGAAAAGCCGUUUUCAUGUGUGAACUGUGGAAAAAGUUUUAGACGAAAAAACCAAUUAACUCAGCACAUGAUGAUUCACACUGGUGAAAAGCCGUUUUCAUGUGUGAACUGUGGAAAAAGUUUUAGACUAAAAAACCAAUUAACUCGGCACAUGAGGAUUCACACUGGUGAAAAGCCGUUUUCUUGUGUGAACUGUGGAAAAAGUUUUAGUCAAAAACAGAAUUUAACUCAGCACAUGAGGAUUCACACUGGUGAAAAGCCGUUUUCAUGUGUGAACUGUGGAAAAAGUUUUAGACGAAAAAACCAAUUAACUCAGCACAUGAUGAUUCACACUGGUGAAAAGCCGUUUUCAUGUGUGAACUGUGGAAAAAGUUUUAGUCAAAAACAGGAAUUAACUCAGCACAUGAUGAUUCACACUGGUGAAAAGCCGUUUUCUUGUGUGAAUUGUGGAAAAAGUUUUAGUCAAAAACAGAGUUUAAUUCAGCACAUGAGGAUUCACACUGGUGAAAAGCCGUUUUCAUGUGUGAACUGUGGAAAAAGUUUUAGUCAAAAAAAUGAUCUACUUCAGCACAUGAUGAUUCACACUGGUGAAAAGCCGUUUUCUUGUGUGACCUGUGGAAAAAGUUUUAGUCGAAAACACGAGUUAACUCGGCACAUGAUGAUUCACACAGGUGAAAAGCCAUUUCUAUGUGCAAACUGUGGAAAAGGUUUUAGUCGAAAACGGGAUUUAACUCAGCACAUGAUGAUUCACUCUGGUGAAAAGCCGUUUACAUGUGUGAACUGUGGAAAAUGUUUUAGUCGAAAACAGGAGUUAACGCAGCACAUGAGGAUUCACUCUGGUGAAAAGCCAUUUCUAUGUGCGAACUGUGGAAAAGGUUUUAGUCAAAAAGGUAAUCUAACUCGGCACAUGAGGCUUCACACAGGUGAAAAGCUGUAGAAGUAUUUUCCAUACAUCUCCAAUGUUGAGGUUCACUAUAGAAUUGA